CACACAUUAAUUAUGAUCAGUUCGUAUCAGAGAGUGACGGCGCCAUGUUGGUUCAAGAAUUUAAAUUGUACGAGAAUAUUUUUAUUGAAACAAAUAUACAAGCUGCGAACUAUGACGGAGUUAUUUUUAUUCUAUAUCCUCAAGAGAUGAAUGUCAGCAUUCCGUGUCAUUUAAACAGCUUCAUAAACAAUAUUUCGAAGCUGGAUAAACAUAUAUACAAAAUUCCUACAGUCUGGAAUUGUGACUAUGUGUCUGGAGGCCGUCUUGUACUCUCUCCAACGGGGAAGAUAACGCCGUACCAUGACGUAAGUGUCAUUAAGGAUGCAGCCAAAAAGGGAAUGGCCAGAGCGUUGGACGCUGGAAUGAAGAAACCACUGCUGGUAAUUGAAAAUGUCGUCAAUUUUCCAGAUGGACAGCUCGUCGGUAUCCUUGGUGCGCUGGAAGCCAUGUAUGUACCUUUGCAAAUUCGCGAGCUUAAGGACUCGAAGAAUUUUAUCCAUAUAGGAUUUCAUUCCGAUGAAAAAAUUACUGAAGCAUUCGAGAAAAUAGUGAGAAAUGCUUUGGCGUUGGAGAGAUCGAGGAUCUUUGCGCGUGACAUCGCUGGUGGCGAUCCAGAAAGAAUGGCCCCUGCUAAAAUCGUUGAGUAUGUGAAGAACUCGUUCGCUGGUGACACCAACAUAAGCGUCAACGUCAUGGAGGAUCAAGAGGUAAUUGCGAAGGAAUAUCCUCUGUUAGCAGCUGUAUCUAGGGCUGCGAAUAAUGUGGAAAGACAUAAAGCGAGAGUUGUAGAAAUUCAUUACAAUCCUUCUAUUCCAAGCCGCGUGAUUGAAACCCUGUUGUUGGUUGGUAAAGGAGUUACAUACGAUACAGGCGGAGCUGAUGUUAAGAUCUCCGGUAGAAUGGCUGGUAUGUCCAGAGACAAAAGUGGAGCAGCUGCGGUAGCAGGGUUUUUAAAAGCUUGCUCCAUUUUAAAACCACCCCAUCUUAAAGUUACUGGUAUACUCUGUCUAUGCAGGAACUCAAUUGGUGAAGAUUCGUAUGUGGCAGAUGAGUUGCUUGUAUCCAGGAGCGGUAAGUCUGUACGAGUGACGAACACAGAUGCAGAAGGCCGUCUGGCAAUGGCGGAUUCCUUGUUCAAAUGUUCAGAGAUUGCACUUAAGGAACUUAACCCACAUAUCUACACGAUAGCUACGUUGACAGGGCACGCCAGGGCGUGCUAUGGAAACUAUACAGCUGCGAUGGACAAUCACAGUGCCAAAGCCACAAACCACUCAGGCAAAUUGCUGUUCAGUGGUUCCAGGAUGGCUGAAGGCAUCGAGGUGUCCACCGUUAGAGCUGAAGACUUGGCUAUCAAUAAUGGUAAAUGUAAGGGAGACGACUUGGUUCAAUACGACACUGAUGCGAAAUAUCGAAACCAUCAGUUGGCUGCCGGUUUCUUAAUCAAAGUGGGUGGUGUCGAGGAGAAUAACAUUAAAUACACGCAUUUGGACAUCGCUGGUGGCGCAGGCUGUUUCCCUGAGGAGCCAACUGCUGUACCUAUUCUGACACUGUGCCACGCCCAUAAAGUUUUGACUAUGUAAUUUAAUAUAAUUUAAUGUAAUUUAAGUUUUAUCAUAAACCAAUAAACAAAGGUUUUGCGUGCCUCAAUUACAUGGUUACGGGUGACUGAAGAUGUUAAAUGUAUCAGCACACGCAAUUCCUUGACCUUAAUAACAUACAAUUAUCUAACCGCCUCCGAGGCUUAGAUACCCGAAGUCCUGGGUUUGAUUUCCAGCAGAAUAUAGGUAAUAACACAUUGGAUAUUUUAGUUGAUAUAUUUUUUAUUUAAUUAGAUAAAACAGUGUUGAAUUUUUUUAACAAAAACCGCAAUAAGAAAAUCUAUAUCAUGAUUUUUCUAUUAUAAAAGUCAAAUUAAGGAAACAAUUUUUUAUUGUUUGUAACGUCCAAUAUAUCUUAAAUAGUCUGCUUUAUUUCCUUAAAAUAUUCAUAUAUUCGUAGUUAUACAUGGUUUAGUACGAUACAGACAGAUACUCAGACGGAUAAAUAAAUAUAUGUAUACAUAAC